GCCGGCAGGCGGCUCGUCGGUUUGGCCUUCACCAGCCUCCGCCCUGUGCCAGGACAGGAGCCUGGAGGAGGAGGAGGACGGAAUGCCUUCUGGCUUCUGCAUGGCCGCUUCCCUGGAAUCGGUGACGUUCAAAGAUGUGGCCGUGGCCUUCACCCGGGAGGAGUGGACCCAGCUGGAUGCUGCACAGAGGGCCCUGUACCAGGAUGUGAUGCUGGAGAAUUAUGAGCACCUCGUUUUCCUGGGCGCAGGCUGUCCAGUUUCCAAACCAGACGUGAUCUCCCAGUUGGAGAGAGGAGAAGUGCCCCGGAUGCCAGAGCAGAAAUUCCCAAGAGGCCCUGGAGCGGAUCUCCUCGAUCAGGAGAAUGGGUUUGAAAUCGUGGGUUCAGCUCCAGUGCAGGGAAUUUGGAUGGAGGCGUCUUCUAAGGGAGAACUUGACACAGGUGAUCCCUGGGAUUCUAAGAUGGGAGAGGAGAGGUGGCGGGGCAUCCGACAGAAGCGGCUGCGGCGGCUGCCAGACGCUCGCAGAAGCUCUUCUCAGGUGACGGCUGAUGGAAAGAAAACGUUUAGGAGACGUUCCAGUCAGGGUUCUGGCCUUGAUCCACAGCAGACAGUCCCUGCAGCAAAAUAUCUCCCUAAAUACGAAUGCCUCGAAAAGAGCUUCAAGCAGUUUUCAGACAUAAUGAAGCAUACUAGAAUAUCCUUUGGGAAGAAGAUACGUAAAUACAAUAAGUAUAGAAAGUCCUUCAAUUACCACUCAGACCUCGUUCACUUUAAUGGAGAAAAUAUUGAAGGUGAGUCAUAUGAAUGUAGUGAAUGUGGGAAAGUCUUUAGCCAGAGAAGAUACCUUGUUGUACAUCAGAAAAUUCAUACUGGGGAGAAGCCCUAUGAAUGUAAUGAAUGUGGGAAAGCCUUCAGCCAGAGGGGCCACCUAAAUGCACAUAAAACCGUUCAUACUGGACAAAAGCCCUAUAUUUGUACCGAAUGUGGGAAAGCCUUCAGCCAGAGGGGGCACCUUAAUGAACACAGAAGUAUUCAUACUGGAGAGAGACCUUUUGAAUGUAAUGAGUGUGGGAAAGCCUUUAGUCGUAGAGGAAGACUUACUGAGCAUCAGAGAAUUCAUGCUGGAGAGAAACCCUUCGAAUGUAAUGAAUGUGGGAAAUCUUUCACUCGAAAGGGAAGUCUUACUGACCAUCAGAAAAUUCAUGUUGGGGAGAAGCCUUUCGAAUGCAAUAAAUGUGGGAAAUUCUUUAGCCACAAGAAAUCCCUUUUUUAUCAUCAGAGAAUUCAUACUGGUGAGAAACCCUAUGAAUGUAAUGUAUGUGGUAAAUGCUUCAGUAGGAGGGCAAGUCUUACUGAACAUCAGAGAAUUCACAUUGGUGAAAAACCCUUUGAAUGCAAUGAAUGUGGGAAAGCCUUUAGCAAUAACUCCAGACUUACUCUACAUCAAAGAAUGCACACAGGCGACCAACCCUUUGUGUGUAAUGAAUGUGGGAAGUCCUUUAGCAGAAGGGAAAGCCUUAAUGCACACCAAAGAAUUCACACUGGAGAGAAACCAUUUGAAUGCAAUGAAUGUGGAAAAAAUUUCAGCUGGAGGGGGAGCCUUACUGAACAUCAGAGAAUUCAUGUUGGAGAGAAACCAUUUGAAUGCAGUGAAUGUGGGAAGAAUUUCAGCCACAGAACAACCCUUGUUUAUCAUCAGAGAAUUCACACUGGAGAGAAACCAUUUGUCUGCAGUGAGUGUGGGAAAGCCUUUAGCCGAAAGGUACACCUUACUGUCCAUCACAAGAUUCAUACUGGUGAAAAGCCCUUUAUGUGUAUUGAAUGUGGUAAAGUCUUCAGCCGGAGGGGACACCUUAGUGGACAUAAAAGAAUUCAUACUGGAGAGAAACCUUUUGAAUGUAAAGAAUGUGGGAAAUAUUUCAGCCAGAGGGGAAACCUCACUAAACAUCAGCGAAUUCAUACAGAUGAGAAGCCCUUUGGAUUCAGUGAAUGUGAGAAGGCCUUCAGUCACAACCCACCCAUAUUCCAACAGAGCAUAAAUCCUGGAGAAAAGCCCUUUGAAUGUCGUGAUUCACAACAAGUCUUCAUUCAGAGGGGACCCUUUAGUAAGCCAAAAGGAAAUCAUAUGGGAGGGGAACCUCUUGAAUAUAAAGAAUGUGUGAGAGCCUUCAGCCAGAGUUACUUUCCCCCUCAAAUCCAUCAUCCCACAGCCAGUUUUGGGAUUAACCUUUCUGAAUUAGCUAAGUAGUUCCUAGGAUGACUAGCUGGGGCUGUACUCCAAGUCUUUCCAGCUCAGUGAGAGCCCAUGGUCAUCUCCAUGCCUUGAUCAGAGUGGGAGUUCAGUGAAAUCCAGACAGUUCAUACCAGAAAAAAAAAUAACUCUUACAAAUGUAAUGACUAUAAGAACACCUUUGAGGUCUCACUCAUCUAUCACCAGAAGUUUUGUUCUGUUAUUAACAAAUGCUACUUAGAAACAAUGUGGGAACAGCUUCAUAAAGAGUUGUCUCACAUCAGAUACCAGAGACUCCAAAAGGCAGAAUUUGUCACCAGCCCAGAGAAUGACAACAUUUCUGAUUUGGAGUCUAUCUCAUCUAACCCAUACCUAGAAAAUAAUUCUUUCUGUGAUAUAAUUUGCAGUCUUUGCUUAAAGACCUCCAGUGAGGUCUUCAGCCACUUGGACCUGCCUCUGACAGCAGCUUAUUUCACUUUUUCAUGGCUCUAGUUGUAAAAAUUUUCUUCAUACCAAGCCUUCACUUCCAUGUAAAUCCUGCCCAUUGCUCCCAGUGCUCCCCCUGUGGAACUGAAGUUUAAUCUGCCUUCCCACGAAAGCUCACCAGGUACUUGAAGAUUGCUACCAAGUCUUCAAGUCUUCCCUGCCUCCUAACACCCCCCACCUAUUCUUUUCUUUUUCUAGGCUGUAAACAUUUCCAGUGGAUCCUUCAACUGAUACAGCAUGACCUUAAGACCCUUUACCAUCCCGGUUGGGUUCCUUUGGACUUUCU